AUGAUGCGCCAUCCGGGUGGCGUCGACCUCAUGACACAGAAGUGGGGUCCUGCACCUUCAAGCGUGCUUCGCCGCUGCAGGGAUGGCCUUGCACCGGUGCCCCUUACCGCAGGACGUCGAAGCAGCGACCGUCGACGGGUGCCCUUCGGGGCCCAGAGAAUUCAGGGACCUCACCUCACGCCUGUCCCCGGCUGCGAGGAAAGACGGCACAGCUACGUCGGUCUUAGCACAGUCCUAAGUCUUGGCGCCGCUGACUCAUCAAGGACCACACCCAAUCGUCCUGCCACACCGCGUCAUGAUUCAUUCCUGCGAUGUUCUUAA